UAUAGCGAAUAAAUAGGGGCAAGGAGAAGGCGGUGGUCCGCCAUUUCGUGGACGCCGGGCUAAGGAGGGUAUCUAGAGGAGCUGAGUUGGAGGAGGAGCGGGACGACCCGUUGGGAGCCUGUGGUUUUGGACGUCCACCUUUCUAACCCCGGAUCUCGAGAUGCAUCGCGAUUCCUGCCCAUUGGACUGUAAAGUUUAUGUCGGGAAUCUUGGCAACAAUGGCAACAAGACUGAGCUGGAACGGGCUUUUGGCUAUUACGGACCACUUCGGAGUGUGUGGGUUGCUAGAAAUCCUCCUGGCUUUGCUUUUGUGGAAUUUGAGGAUCCCCGAGAUGCAGCGGAUGCUGUCCGAGAGCUAGAUGGAAGAACAUUGUGCGGCUGCCGUGUCAGAGUGGAACUGUCCAACGGUGAAAAAAGAAGUCGAAAUCGCGGCCCACCUCCAUCCUGGGGGCGCCGCCCUCGAGAUGACUACCGCAGGAGGAGUCCCCCGCCUCGCCGCAGAUCUCCACGAAGGAGAAGUUUCUCUCGCAGCCGGAGCAGGUCUCUUUCUAGGGAUAGAAGAAGAGAGAGAUCACUGUCUAGGGAGAGAAAUCACAAGCCGUCUCGAUCCUUCUCUAGGUCUCGCAGCCGAUCUAGGUCAAAUGAGAGGAAGUAGAAGACCAGUUUGCAGGAGAAGUGGUGUACAGGAAUUAACUUCAUUUGACGGGAGUAUGUACAGAAAAUUCAAGUUUUGUUUGAGACUUCAUAAGCUUGAUACAUUUUUAAGAUGUUUUAGCUGUUCACCUUUGUGUCUUGGAACAGUGACACACAACAAUGUCAUUCUCUCUGGUUUGAGAUGGAUCAUAUGAGGCAUGUAAUACCAAGAAUUGUUACUUUACAAUGUUCCCUUAAGCAAAAUUAAGUUUGCUUUGAACUUUAGUCUUGCACAGACUGACAAUAAACCUGUAAAUUCUGCCUAAAGUCUAAUGUUCUAAUGUUACAGAAAAAACCUGGCAAAAUUGAAGACCUGUUUGUUAGCUGAGGUAGUAACAGUGUGCAGCUGUAGCAUGCCAGCGGGUGGGGAUGGAGCUAGGUGGACAUGUGAAAAAUAGAACAGGUCUUUAUCCUGGCAGAGGUUUCCUGGUCAGUGUGGAAUUGGGUAAAUUUCAAGGAAAUUUACCCCUGCUAGGUCAUGUUCCUAUGUGAUGCUGUAUGAAUCCAUAGUUGUUGGCAUCUUUAUUUGAAAACCGGAGAUUUCAGAGAACCAGUGUGGUGCCGGUUUAAGGGUACAUUGUAGAGCUGAACUUUCACGUUACUGUGCAAGAUUUUUUUCAUGCUGUCAUUUGUAAUAUGUUUUGUGAGACUCUUUGGGAUUAAAGUUUUGGUUACAAAUUGUUAUUUAACUUGGAAGCCUGUUUUUCCUUGCAAACUCAGAAUAUAUGAUCUUGAUACCAAGUUCAGGUAUAACAUUCCUAUUGGAAGCCAUACUUAUAUUUUCUUGUAAAAGUGCUUUUGAAUUAAUAAAAUAGCAUAAUUCUGUAAUGGUAAGUUCAA